AUGUCAAUGGCUGGAUCGGCGUUCCCUAGAAUUUCCAUCAGCCUCGAGGCCUCCGCUAACCGCGGCGAGGCUCCUUCAUGGGGCUUGGACGUCUACCGAGCCACAUACGGGGACCAGAAUCUAUGGUAUAGGUAUAUAGAAUACGUCCGAAACGCAGUCGCUCACACACUCCGACCACGCUCUUCCGGAGCAGAAGAGGUCGCAGCAAGCGCGUUGCUACACUCCACGUUUAGGCUUGUUACUAUGGAAGACGUAGGCUGGGAUGGUUUCACAACGGGUCAGCUUCGCGAGGUGUUUGGGCAACGGUCUAGGGCUGCUAUCGAAGAUGUCGACCAGAACCGACACCGGCCCAAGUAUAACUACUUCAUGUACGUCGACAAAGACGUAUUGGAUAGAUUUGAGCGAGCGUUCCCAGCGGGCCAAGAUAUCGUCCCGAACUAUGUCGACGAUGACGUGGUCAUCAUUGUCGUGGAAGCUCUUGAGACCAGAUGGAGCGGAUUACCUCCAGACGGGGCCAUGUUAGAAGAAGAGGAGUGGUCCAAUCAUGAGGAUGAUGACAAAGAGUGGCAAUAUAGCAGAGCCCCCUUCAAUUCCUAUAUUAUAUACCUUCUGUCUCGACGGAGGCCGCAUUUGGUAUGA